AUGUCUCGCGGGGACUCAACGGAUGAGGCGGAGCCAUUCCUGCCACCAUCAUCUUCAUCAGAGUCUAUCGAGACGCCAAUACGUGCUUCGAAGCCAGUGCUGAUCAGACUAUACAUCUCACACAGCCUGUCGACAUGGAAUUCGCGCAUGUUUGAGUUCGGAGCGGUCCUGUUCCUGGCCUCGAUCUUCCCAGGCACUUUGUUGUACGCUUCCAUCUAUGCACUGGUGCGCUCUUUGUCGGCAGUACUAUUAUCGUCCUGGCUGGGUUCGGUAGUAGAUCGGUCGAACCGAUUGAAGGUGAUCCGGCAGUCUAUUAUAUGGCAACGACUUCCCGUGGCAUUAUCCUGUGCAUGCUUUGUUGCACUCCUGACCCCAUUAGGGCCGCCCUAUAUCUCUCCGCUCUUGUUCGCCGUGGUCACUCUGCUUGCGUGCUUCGAAAAACUGGCUUAUACAGCCAACACCGUGGCGGUCGAAAGAGACUGGGCAAUCGUUGUAUCAGAUGCUUUACAAAUCCCAAGACAAGACUUAAAUGCUUCCAUGAGACGGAUAGAUCUCUUCUGCAAGCUUCUCGCUCCUGUGGUAAUCUCCUUAAUAGAUAGCUUUUCUACCCGGGUUGCGAUAUGGACGACCUUGGGCGUGAAUGCUUCAUGCGUCUUGUUAGAAUAUUUUGCAAUAGCGCAGGUAUAUAAAUCAGUGCCAGAACUGGAGCGACCUCAAGAAAUUGAUGUGAAUCAAAAUGAAGGAGAAGAAGCGGCUUCCGACGAUCAGAUUCCUCAACGCAGCAUAGCUUUCAGCAUGGUGCAGCACGCUAGAGGUGUCGUUGCUCCAUGGCGGGAAUAUGUCUCGAGUCCUCUCUUUCUGGCGUCAUUCGCCCUGAGCUUACUUUAUCUCACUGUUCUUUCGUUUGGAACGACAAUGGUCACCUAUUUGCUUCACACUGGCUUCACUUCUCUGCAAGUCAGUGGAAUGAGGAUUGGUGCUGUGAUUGCAGAACUAUCGGGGACAUGGGCAGCCCCGUUCAUCAUGAAUAAAAUCGGGCCCAUUAGGUCCGGGCUGUGGUUCCUGAACUGGCAGUUUGGCUGCUUAGCCGCUGCGGUUGCUGCUUUUGCAUUCCUCAACAACAGCUCUCAGCUUGUUGCGGUGAGUCUCAUUGUGGGCGUUGCCCUAAGUCGCAUUGGACUAUGGGGGUUCGACUUGUCGGUACAGUUUCUCGUGCAGGAGGGUGUCGAUGAACAUGCGCGAGCCCGCUUCUCGUCCACAGAAAUGGCACUGCAAAGUAUCUUCGAACUGUUCUCGUUUGCAACGACCAUCGUCUUCCCUCUUCCGGAGCAGUUCAAGUAUCCAGUAUAUAUCAGCUACGGGGCCAUUGCAAUGGCGGCAAUAUGCUUCGCAGCGUACGUCCGGAAGGAACGAGGGCAUUUGCUGCAUACAUCCAAGUGCUUUGGAGCUAAGGAAGAUCAGGUUCCGAGAGCACGGGGAACAGGCCGAUCAGGUCCCCGCCGCCGCACCGGCUGCUUGACAUGCCGUGCACGUAAAGUCCGCUGCGACGAGGCCAAACCAACCUGUGCCAAUUGUACUCGGCUACGACUGCAAUGCAUUUACAAAACUAUUGUUCCAGGGAUUGCAUCCCGACGGAGCACCCAGAGGAUACCUCAAGUUCCUCAACAGGCUUUCACUAUCGACCCGACCCCCACUCAUGUUCCAGAUCGUCUGGAUGUAAACUACUUCGAUACAGUUCUGCAACCUCGUGCGCUGCGUCCUCGCCGGGCAUCGCAUAUGUUACCUCACCAGAUGACAGACCACACGCUGCCAUCAACGUCAGUUGCGGUUCCCGAUUUUCCGAAUUUUGACAUGCUCAGCUUUAUUGGCGAAAUUACGUCAGACUUCGAACAGAAACAUCUCGACCUGACGAACGGAGUGUCGGCAUUUACUCUUACCAGUGAAGCACUAUCUCCAACGACAUUGGGGACUGUUGGAGGUAGCAACUAUAUAGUGCAACAGCCGACUUGGACUGUUGAUACAUCCGUCGGGACACUCCCAAGUCCGAGUGACAGCCAAUCAGAUGUGGUACAAAAUGUACCCUCAGGUGAUAGGACUAUAUGGCCCCAGCCGAGGGAAACUUACGAAGAACAGCUGCUGUCUCAUUUUGCGGAGAUAGAUCCGCCGCCUACGACAUUUGGGUCUAUUUCGCUAGAAUGGAAUUAUUCGAUGGAAGAAGGCAAACGGUGGAGAGCGGCCCCGGUGUAUCAUCAACAGGCGAGCUCGGAGAUCCAGUCUUGUAUCACCGAGAGUAUGGAUGAUUCACUACUGAAGAGGGCAUUGACGGCGGUUUUCCUGCUUAUGUUGUCGGAGGUAGUGUCAUUGCCAGAACUAGGGGACUCUAGUACGUCUUUUCUCCAUUCGGCGUAUUUGUUGCUACAGCGUUUUCACCACCGAACCAAGUCAUGGACCGGGUUUGGCCACUUGAUAGUCUCAUGGAUCUCUUUGUUGGACGUCAGAGCGCUAAUUGCUGGCCGUGAUGGGGAUCCUCUUGUUGAGCUAGGGAUGCUAGAUCAAGUUGACACGGCUGAGACAGAUCAAAGACUGGACGACGAGCUCCUCUCGAAACCGGGCUAUCUCAUACACAAUGCCAUUGUUGGCCCCGCAUAUUCCUUCCUAUUCAAGGCUCAACAAGUAAUCCGCCGUAUUGUCUGCCUCGACAUGCACCACCGCAGGCGCGGGACAGUCAGCGAUGAGUUCGAAGUCCUCCAGGUUGCGCACCAGAUCGGUGCGGACCUAGAAGCCCUCUGGAACAAACGACCACGGGUGUUAGAUGUUUAUGACAAGCCAGAAGAACUACAUGACACCCUUCAACCAGCCGUGGCAGACGAAGUCUGCCGCACGUUUCGGCAGUAUAUGGCCAAUUUCUUGGCCAUAUUCAUAUAUCUCCACCGAGUGGCUUUUGUGAUCUACCCGCGGACAGACCGGGUGCAUCGCGCGGUGGACCAGAUCAUUCAGCUGGCCACGGUGGAGUCCGGCAGUGUGAACCAUCGCCUGCCGAUCAGCUUUAUCUGGCCGCUAUUCGUGGCCGGUUUGGAAGGCUCAUUGGAGCAGCGAGGAUGGAUUAUACAGGAAAUGCAGCGCAUGGCCGACUUGCCUAGUGACCACAGGCCCGUGGCACAGCGACAUCCCAACGCGAAAAAGAUACUGUUGCUACUUGAGGAGAUGACAAAGCGCCAGGAUGCGUCUCGAACGUGGGCGGACUCACGCCUUGUACGGCGAGAACUCUUCGUAGACCCCUUCGUACUAAUAUAA